AUGCAGAUGACAGCAAUUUACUUUGCAAUUUGUACACUGAGUGAUUUGAUGCAAAUAAUUUCAUCUUCGCACAAACCCGCGCCCGGCGCUGCCCAACUACGCUGGCCGCUGCGGGCCGGGGCGGAGGCGGCCGGGCCCUGGGACCCGUGCGGCGCCAAGGCCCGUCCGGCCGCAGAGACGGGGCCCCCCYGCGCCACUGCCCGGCCCCUCUCACCGCCUCCCCCCGGCCCGUCCGCAGCUGCCCCGCUGCUCUCAAGUGCCGGGAUUUCCCCCGCUAAAGCCCACGGGGCCCAGCGCGCUGCCCGCCCGGGCCGGUGCCGCCCGCCAGACCCGCCCGUCCCGCUGCCACCAGCGGCCCCGCCCGGCGUUCGGGCCGAAUCCCCGGCGCGGUUCCGCCGCCUCGCAGAGACCGCCCUGGGCCCCCCAGCACCCCGGCACGGAGGCGGCCGGGCCCUCACCUGGGCCGGUGGCGCUCGGGCCGCGGUGAAUCAGCCGGAUCUCAUUCAAACCGAACCCUUCCCGGUUCACAGGGCACACGGCAGCGGCUUCCGGCCCCGCGGCCGGCGGGGAGGAGCUUGUGGCAGCGGGGAGCUCCGGCGGGUGCAGGCCUCGAGUGAAACGGGCCGGGCUGGAACGGCUUCAGCUGCUCUGCUGUGA